AUGACCAUGUCCAGAGUCUGCAGAGCGUUGGCCCAAGCGGGUGCCGGCGAUUUUGGGUGCUGCGUGGGCAAGAUGGACGGCUUAAUUUUGGAGGGCAAGGAUGAUGGCAAGAGCAACAAGGUCCACAUCCGAAUGCAGCAGCGCAACGGCCGAAAGUCCUGGACCACCGUGGCCGGCUUUCCGGAGCAGGUUCGAUUGCCCAAGAGUGGUAAGAUCCUGCAGGUAGACUUCGAGAAGAUCCUGCGCGCGCUGAAAAAGACCUUCAAGACCAACGGCGUGUUGAUCAAAGACCCGGACCAUGGCAGCGUGAUGCAGCUGCAGGGGGAUAUUCGCAAGGAGGUGGCGGAGUUUCUCAUUGAAGUGACAGCGAUCAUCACCAAGGACCAGGGUAUGCAUCAAGUGCAACAAGGCAUCACGGCCGUGGCGAGGAAUGUGAAGCACUCUGCACACUCUGCAGUCUCUGUCCUUAGUCAAGCUUUGUGCCCACAGACUUGCGGCCAGUCCAAGCCCUCAAACUGCCCAGCAAUGCAGCAGCUGCUUCUUUGCUGUGCUGCCGCUGCCGCGGCUUUGGUGGCACGUUCGGCUGCCUUUGUUCCAGCGGGUUUCCGAGUGCAGCCGCAGCAGCCCAGCAUGGCCAGUGCAGCCAGUGAGCAGCAGGCACCAACCUUUGGUGGUCUCACUGGCAUGGCUGCUGCUGGAGUUGCUUUGGGCGCAGCAGCAGGCGUGGCUUCUCGCUGGCAAAAGCGCUCUAGCGUCAUGGCACGUCGAUCCCAUGCAGUGAAGAUCUAUGACACCUGCAUCGGCUGCACUCUUUGCGUGCGGGCGUGCCCUACUGAUGUCUUGGAAAUGGUGCCAGCCACCGUCAACGCGGCAAAGCAGGUUGCAUCUUCCCCUCGAGUUGAGGAUUGCGUCGGCUGCAAGCGAUGCGAGACGGCAUGCCCGACCGACUUCCUUAGCAUCCGGGUCUACCUGCAGGAGAAUGAGGAGACCCAGUACAGCUUGGGCUUGGACUUGGCUCAGCUGCUUCUUUGCUGUGCUGCCGCUGCCGCGGCUUUGGUGGCACGUUCGGCUGCCUUUGUUCCAGCGGGUUUCCGAGUGCAGCCGCAGCAGCCCGGCAUGGCCAGUGCAGCCAGUGAGCAGCAGGCACCAACCUUUGGUGGUCUCACUGGCAUGGCUGCUGCUGGAGUUGCUUUGGGCGCAGCAGCAGGCGUGGCUUCUCGCUGGCAAAAGCGCUCUAGCGUCAUGGCACGUCGAUCCCAUGCAGUGAAGAUCUAUGACACCUGCAUCGGCUGCACUCUUUGCGUGCGGGCGUGCCCUACUGAUGUCUUGGAAAUGGUGCCAGCCACCGUCAACGCGGCAAAGCAGGUUGCAUCUUCCCCUCGAGUUGAGGAUUGCGUCGGCUGCAAGCGAUGCGAGACGGCAUGCCCGACCGACUUCCUUAGCAUCCGGGUCUACCUGCAGGAGAAUGAGGAGACCCAGUACAGCUUGGGCUUGGACUUGGCUGACUGGAGGAAGGGCUUUGCGCAAAAAUUGCUCCGGCCCGCCAAGCCCCCAAACCGCCCAGCAAUGCAGCAGCUGCUUCUUUGCUGUGCUGCCGCUGCCGCGGCUUUGGUGGCACGUUCGGCUGCCUUUGUUCCAGCGGGUUUCCGAGUGCAGCCGCAGCAGCCCAGCAUGGCCAGUGCAGCCAGUGAGCAGCAGGCACCAACCUUUGGUGGUCUCACUGGCAUGGCUGCUGCUGGAGUUGCUUUGGGCGCAGCAGCAGGCGUGGCUUCUCGCUGGCAAAAGCGCUCUAGCGUCAUGGCACGUCGAUCCCAUGCAGUGAAGAUCUAUGACACCUGCAUCGGCUGCACUCUUUGCGUGCGGGCGUGCCCUACUGAUGUCUUGGAAAUGGUGCCAGCCACCGUCAACGCGGCAAAGCAGGUUGCAUCUUCCCCUCGAGUUGAGGAUUGCGUCGGCUGCAAGCGAUGCGAGACGGCAUGCCCGACCGACUUCCUUAGCAUCCGGGUCUACCUGCAGGAGAAUGAGGAGACCCAGUACAGCUUGGGCUUGGACUUGGCUGACUGGUCUACGUAG